UCAGCUCAUUUUGACACAUCAAUGAGGAUAUUAUUGUUUGAUAAUUGCGCAGCACUGAGAGAGCGCGUCUGGCUUUUCUGAAUGGGAUGUAAAACAUGUGAGACAUUCUUGUAUUUCAAUGGAGAGGCCAAAACUGAAACAGGAGAACGAGAAGGCUGGGAAAACAGUCAGGUUUAGAGUAGCGUCUGCCAACAGUGGCCGGGUCUUGGCGGAGGUGUUCAAGGAUGAGAGAGCCUGGUGCGGCUUGGUGGAGGACUCGGUGGAGGACUCGGUGGAGUCUGACUCGACCAGCAGCCCAGAGGCAGAGCAGCAGGGCGGCUCUCUCCCCACCAGCGAGGCCAACCGCCACCUGAACGGUUUGGUGGUGGAAGCAGCCGUGGACGAGAACGGCUGUGAACCCGAUGACCUACUUUUGUACGCCAGUGCCAAGAGAGAGAUGCUGUUUAGCAACAAGCGGAUCAAUAUAUGCAGCAAGAAUGGGACCGUGAGAGGAGUGAGGAACAAAGUGAGCGCAGGCCAAGUGCUUUUCAACAACCUCUCCAACAUGUACUCCGGUUCCCUUCGUCACCAGAAAAGGAGACCCUGGGAAAAGUAGUGAACAGCGUGGGAUUUCACACCGUGGGCACAUCAGGGAGGAGCAGUCCUGAGGAAGCUUUGCCUCCACCCUGAAUCCCUUUCAGUGACUUCUGUUUCUUCACGUGACGUGGAGUCAUUCACGAUCCCAGCCUCAUAUUUACAUGUGCCUUCAGGAUAUUUUUGACCACAAAUAUUUUUGAUUUGACUUCUUGUACUACUUUUCACAGCUGUUUAUGGGCAACUAGGAAACUAAACUGGAUAGAGUUAAUAUUUGUACAGACAUUGAACACUACAAACGUUUAUUUUAUUGCAAUUUGGAAUUUAUUGGUGUUUAUUUCAUUACAACUUGUUGAAAGUAACAACCUGUCCACAUAUGAUUCUAUCAAACAAAUCUUAAGUUUCAAAAGUUUUUUGGUUUACUGACAGAGAAAAAAUGUUUUGUGUGAAGAAACAAAGAAGGAUUGUCCAAUUAAAUGCGAUUUUGUUCAUACAAUUUCAUUUUAACUCCUUUUUGCAUUGAAAAUGGAAAAAGUGAUUGUUGAGGAUUAAAAGAAAGUUUUAGUAGCGAUUGAUGCUUUGUUUGAAUCCACCCUGUGGCCUUUCUUUGCAUGUUCUCCCCGAGUCUCUGUGGGUUAUUGACUGUAGGCGUGAUAGUGAGGAUGGUUCUAUGUCUCUGUGUUAGCCCUGCGGCAGACUGGCGACCUGUCCAGGGACCCCACAUGCCUUCGAAUCGAAUAUGAGCAGAAUAAAAUGGAUGGAUGAACAGCCCUUCAAAAAUGUUCCACAAUUUUCCGACAUGUGCUUCAUGUGUUUCAGUACAGAUUUAAACCAAACAGCUGAUAAACAAUUUUACUCACUGCUCUGAGAUUUAGAGAGUUUCUGAGAAGUAAAUUGUAUUUUUUAAAUUGUGAGUUUAUUUGUGCCCUAGAAUCUGACACGAUUUUGAUAUUUCAUGGAGUCUUUCAUGAAUGAAUAGGUCUUUUCUGUUUGUAAAAAUUUUGCAUUCAUUUCUAGAUUGAAUGUGCUUCAUAUCAUCUCUGAGACCAGAUUCACACAAAUACAGUGAACUGUAAAUAUAAAAGCCUUUAUAAUAAUUGAAUGCAUUUUCAUACUGCAGGUUUUAUGCUUGACAGUUUCUGGAAACCCUUGUUAACUAGAUUUAUUUUGGACUUAUCAAGAUUUUUGAAAACAUUUGACAUAAUAUAUCAUUUGCAACAUAACUGAUGUUACUGGUGGAAUUCAUGUUUAAAAUUAAACAGGCAAAUCAGUAAAAAUGUAUCUUUUACCAACUCUUUGUACUUCACUGCUCAGCAGGAAAACUUCUAGAGUUUCCAGACACAAGGAAACAUGACUGUCAAAAAUAACACAGGAGGUAACUAAACACAAAGGAAAUGUUAAGAAAAUUAAGAGUCUAAAAUAAGUAACCUAAAGCGGAAUCCUAAAUGAA